UCGCUAGAAGGACGAAGACUAGUUUCAAAAGCACGUUACGAACAAUUUUCUCUCAAUCAGAGUUUGCAUAAGCUUUAGGGCAAAGAAUAUUAUCUUUCGCUCUCACAGUCUCUGAGAUUUUGCAGGGAUAGACAGAUAUGGCGGAACCUAUGGACCUCCUCCGUGCCAAUCUGUCUCGAGUUCGGAUCCCCGAGCCUACCAAUCGCAUCUACAAGCAGGAAUGCUGCGUCUCUUUCGAAUCUCCGAGAUCUGAAGGUGGGUUGUUCAUCGACAUGAAUACAUUUCUUGCUUUUGGGAAGGAUUACGUGAGUUGGAACUAUGAGAAGACUGGAAAUCCUGUUUAUUUGCAUAUAAAGCAAACAAAAAAGCUGGUUCCGGAAGAUAGGCCCUUGAAGAAACCAACUCUUUUGGCUAUAGGUGUGGAUGGGGGGUUCGAUAACAAUGAGACCGAGUAUGAUGAAGCUCACAACAUAGUCAUACUUCCUGAUUAUGUGAAACUUCCAUUUCCAUCUGUGGAGUUGCCAGAGAAGGUAAGACUAGCAGUUGAUGCUAUAUUAAUGGCUGAAGGGGCUGAGCGGAAAGAGCAACUUGCUUCCUGGACAGCUGACAAGAAACAUGUUAGUUCAUUUGCAAUGAACUUGCAGCAGAUCGAUAAUGGUGUUACCGUACCACCCUCUGGAUGGCAAUGCAUCAAGUGUGACAAAAAAGAUAAUCUCUGGCUGAAUCUUACUGAUGGAAUGAUUCUUUGUGGAAGAAAAAAUUGGGAUGGAACUGGUGGAAACAACCAUGCCAUUGAACAUUACAAGGAAACAGGUUACCCUCUUGCUGUAAAGCUUGGGACAAUAACUGCUGAUCUGGAGGCAGCAGAUGUUUUCUCUUAUCCGGAGGAUGAAAGCGUUUUGGACCCUCUCUUAGCACAACAUCUGGCCUUUUUUGGCAUUGAUUUUUCAUCAUUACAAAAGACUGAAUUAACAACUGCGGAAAGGGAACUUGACCAAAAUACCAAUUUCGAUUGGAACCGAAUUCAAGAAAGUGGACAGGAAGUUGAACCAAUAUUUGGACCAGGUUAUACAGGACUUACCAAUCUUGGAAACAGCUGUUACUUAGCAGCAACCAUGCAAGUUGUGUUCUCGACACAUUCCUUCCGUUCACGAUACUAUGUGAAUCAAAGCUUGAAAAGAGCAUUUGACCUUGCUCCAGCUGAUCCAACUGUUGAUUUGAAUAUGCAGUUGACGAAGCUGGCACAUGGUUUACUAUCCGGUAGAUACUCAGUUCCUGCAUUGGAGAAAGAUGAGCAUGCAAAUUCUGGAACCUCAGUAACCGCUAAACAGGAAGGAAUUCCCCCUAGAAUGUUCAAAUCAGUUAUUGCUGUAGGCCAUCCUGAAUUUUCUAGUGUGAGGCAACAGGAUGCUUUGGAAUUCUUUUUGCAUUUUCUUGAUAAUAUUGAACGUGCUAAUGGUGGAAACCCCGAAGUGGAUCCCUCAAGGAGCUUCAAGUUUGGUAUUGAAGACCGUAUCUUAUGCUCAUCUGGGAAGGUUGCUUACAAUAAAAGAAUUGACUAUAUUCUUUCUCUAAAUAUUCCACUGCACGAAGCUACUAAUAAAGAUGAACUUGCAGCUUUUCACAAACUGAAAGCAGAAAAGGUCUCAGAAGGGAAAGAUCUAUCAAAUGAUGAAAUUGUACGUCCAAGAGUUCCUCUUGAAGCAUGCCUUUCGAGCUUCUCAGCUCCUGAAGAGAUACAUGACUUUUACAGCACAGCCUUGAAGGCUAAGACAACGGCACUGAAGAUGGCUGGUUUAACUUCAUUCCCUGAUUAUUUGGUGUUGCAUAUGCGUAAAUUUGUUAUGGAGAAGGGUUGGGUGCCAAAAAAGCUUGAUGUCUACAUAGAUGUUCCCGAUAUCAUUGAUAUUAGCCACAUGCGUAGCAAGGGCCUUCAACCAGGAGAGGAGCUGUUACCUGAGGAUGUUCCUGGAGAAGAAUCCAAAUCAAAUGAGCCUGUGGCGAAUGAGGAUAUUGUCUCACAGCUUUUGUCCAUGGGGUUUAAUCACCUUCAUUGUCAGAAAGCUGCCAUAUAUACCUCAAAUACUGGAGUUGAGGAGGCUAUGAAUUGGUUACUUUCCCACAUGGAUGACCCAGAUAUUGAUGUUCCUAUUGAGGCAAAGGGCUCUGAAGCUUCCUCCCAUGUUGAUCAAUCUAAAGUAGAUACUUUGAUCUCAUUUGGUUUUCAAGAAGAAAUAGCUCGAAAGGCAUUGAAGGCAUCGGGUGGCGAUGUAGAGAGAGCUACAGAUUGGAUAUUUAACAACCCCGAUGCUACUACUGUUUCUUCUGAUAUGGAUGCUACAACAUCAACAACUACACCUGCUUCAGUUGAUAACACUUUACCUGAUGGUGUAGGGAGAUACAAGCUUUUUGGAAUAGUGAGCCACAUUGGAACAUCUACACAGUGUGGACACUAUGUAGCUCACAUUCGUAAAGAUGGAAGGUGGGUCAUUUUUAAUGAUAACAAGGUUGGGGCUUCAGUAAAUCCUCCAAAGGACAUGGGAUAUCUCUAUUUCUUUGAGAGGCUUAACAGCUAGGACAGGCAACAUAAAGGCACAGAAUUGGAGUGAACUUACCCGAUUUGCGUUAAGUCGGGCUACUGAACUGACAGGUAGGCUUUAAGCAAUUGUUCGGCAAUGUUUGAAGGUAACUUUGCUGUUGCUCCAAAAUUUGUUCAUGCAUUAGGCAAGCGCAGUAAGCUUGUGACAUUCCUUUUUCCCUAAGAACAUGAAUUAGGUGUUUUUAAUCGCAAGAUAUUAUCAUUUGCAUCAUCUGUUAACAUAGUGAUCUUCCCAUU